CGCUCGAUAAGCACCCCUAUUAGCACGUCUCAGCUGUACUUGUAGUCGCUUUCACAAAUACAAGGAGUUGGCUGCUGUUUCUCUUGUCUGGCGAUCCGCAUUUCUGAGGGAAUUGGAUCUGCUUGAUAUCCCAUUUUCAGGAGACCAGUCAUCUAAUUGGAAAUUGAUUUACACUUCAUCUCUUAGACACACUGGAGAGAGGCUGCAUCCUACAGGUUAAUAAUUUAUGUUUAACAUAUGGCUUUUGAUUUUCUCUUACAUCUGUUUGUAUCAAUACAGCUUAUAGCCGCAUUGGUGCAUUCAUCAUGGAGUCUACUACUGCUGUGUUGGCUAAAAGUGAUAGGCGUGUAAAAAUUCAAAAUGUGAAGCAAGGCAUAUGGAUUUUGGAUAUUUUUGUCGCUGCUUGCUGCAUAUGAUGAGUAAUAAGGACUCAACCCUGCAUAGCAGAAUUGAUGAUGCUAAAUCAUGACACUCACAACAAUGCAUUGACCAAUGAGUAUGGUGUUUCUUAUUGCCGGCUCUUAGAUGCCAGACAUGCUGAUGUUGUGCUUCCAGAUCCUAGAGAGGAAAAAUGGAAUUGGCAGAUACAGGGACAACAUAUUGUUCAGAGGCACACUGAGAAGAGUCGACUGUCAAUGUAUGAUGCAAACUAUAACUCAUCAGAAACUGCAGGUUUGGUUCAAUCAGAUGCUCUUUGGCCUAUUUCUGAGUGCAUGGGAAACUUUGAGCUGAUGCAGGCAAGGAAAUUGAUAACUCUCCAUGGAGCUUCUACAACAAUAAGUAAUGUCUUUCCGAGGAGCGUCCACAGAAUUAUCUUCGAAGUCCUAGUUCGAAGAUCUGAAGAUGGCAAUGCAAUUGGCUUGAGAAUAGUGGAGACUAUGGAUUUGGUACCAAAACAUUCAAUGUUUUGAAGCUGCUGGAUCAUUGUGGAAUGGGCUAACAACAAACUGUAAAUGUUUUGCUGUAUAGUGAAGUUUGGAUAUUCUUGUGAAAGUAUCCUUCUUUUUUUUCCCUUUUUAUCAGCCUGCACAGAAAAGAAAAACUAAGACCUUUGCAUUAGAGGCAACAGACAAGACAGUGUUCUCUCCUGACUGCAUAGUAGAUACUUGGAAGAGCAUAGUAUGUUAUAUCCUAAAUCUAGAUCGUGUAUCUUCUAGGAAGCUCCUCUCAUUGGAUCUGCUAUGAUCAUUUCUUGACUAUAUAUGAUGUGACGAUCCUAACUAAAUCUGUUUCACCUUGCAUAGCUUUAAGAGCAUGUUGGCUUGCAAGAGUAAUGGUCUUGGUUUUCCUCCUUUGUCAUGAAUCCUGCACCCACCUUUAAAGGAAGUACUUCGCACUUGGUAGUAUUCUUUCAUGAGUUUGUACCAUCAAAACUUCCAUAAGGGUUAACGGACGGGUGUAGUUGCUUUAUAUUGUAUUGUAUAUUGCUGUUGCCUUUUGUUCCUUGGUAGUUUCUAGUUCAGAAAUUCCUCUUUCCUUGCCAAAUUCUUGAACCCACCUUGUCUUUGCAUUUAUUAUCAUCACCAUGAUUGGUGUUGCUCCCUAGACUUUCUCUUAACAAAAAAGAUGCAACACUUUUUAAAUCAUUCUUAGGCAAUAGGGGCCUAGGAAAUAUGAGUACUUCCUCCGUUUUCUAAUACAUGCAACAAAGGGGAAUAUUUGUGAGAGAUAAAAAAUUCAUUUGUUGCAAGUAUUAGAAAAUGGAGGAAGUAUUUUAUUUGGUGUAUUAGAGGUGUAGAUAGUUGUGUUAUUGUUUUGUGUAGGACCUAGUUGAAGUUCAUUAAUGCUUUGUUUGAAUAAAAUGAAAAUGAAGGAAAGGAAGUGAAAAGCCAAAUUGUAGAGUGGGUUCUCGAAUCCUUCGUGACACGUUCGUUUUCAUAACUAAUAGCCAAAUUGCCAAUUUAGUUUGGGAAAUAGCUAAGAGGUUUGAUUUUUCUAUCUAAAGUGCCAACUUGCGUUAAACAAACACUAAUUUGUUAACUUAGACAACACUAAAAUUCGUUAUUUUUCAGUUGCGCCUAUUUGAAGUAAAUAGUUUUUCUUAUACAAAAAAAAAAAAAAAAAAAAAAAAAAAAAAGCCUUAAUUCAUUUUUUUGGUUGAUAUAGGCUUUUUUGAAAAUGAGAAAUGAGAGAAAAUCAUUAAAUAAUAAGUUGAAUUAAGGCCUUUUUUGGUUGGGCAAAGAAAUUAAGUCAUUUAUAGUUUCAACUGAAAUAUGACAAGUUUAAAAUUACUCGUGUUAGUAAAUUAGCAUUUGUUUAACAUCACGUGACAUUUUAGAUAGAAAAAUCAAAUCUAUGUGGCAUUUAAGAUGUUUUCCCAAAAUAGGAGUGACAAUUUGGCUAUCAGGCCAAACCUUUUUCAUAACUUUUACAUUUUACAAUAAGUUAAUUUCUUGGAACUAUAAUUUUUUAGAUGUUAUGAUUUGACUCAUCGAGUGGAAUUGUAUUAAGUGUUUUUGCUCUUUUAUGUGUUUUUUUUCCCAAUAUGGUACAUUUUGAUUUAAAUUUUGUCAUUUUAUAUGGAUUAGUUAAUUUUGCUCUCUAUUGUAUAAGGGAAAGGGAGCAACAAUGUCCACCUGUAAAGACAUAUUUCCUAUGGUAUCAUUGUAGUAUGAGCUUUUCCAUUUGGUACCCAAUUUUCUUUUGUAUUCUAUGGUGCCUUUGAACAUUAAGU